GAGACCAUCAGAUGCUUUUAUGCUGCCAGCGUUGGUUGGGUUCAAAACAAGCUCUCCGGCAGUGGACGCUCAGUUGUGUUCAACUCGUACCAGUGUGCAGUCAGCUACGUCCACGCUCUUUGUGCCGUCUGUCGAGAUUGGUGGUUCUCCGUUGUGAGUGAUGUGUUGAUGGUUGAUGUCAUCAGGUAGUGUGUGAAGAAGCGUGGCGAAGAAAUGCGCUCCAGCUAUAGUGCAGCAUUGUGUACGCUCCGGAAGGUGUUCUGUUUGGGUGAAUGUGUUAUCAGUUGGGAGGAAAUCUCUUCCAUCGCUGUUGACUGUGAUGCGAUGUAAUCUGAUUGGGCAAUCGCCAGUCGUGACUCAAGGGAAGACCUCGCCGCGCUUAAAGACUGUGUGCGUGCAUAUCAUUUUGGGUACAUUCCGAUACUUUCCGUUUUGAGACGAAUGAAUGUGGCGUGAAGAAAAUCUCGAAGAACAAAAAUGAAAAAAGGGAAAAAAGUGCAUUCGAGUGAGAAGAGGAAUCAAGUGCGAAGCAAAACCUUAAAGAAGUGAUUCGAAAAGAAUCUCCUUCGCGGAAAGAUCACAAGUGGCUAUAGAAAAGAUUCAACCCGUUGUUUGAGGAAAGAUGCUUCCAUUAGUGCGUUGAUGUGACGAGUUUGUACAAUUUUCGAUGGUUUGCUAAGUGGAAAGCUGACCUCCACUUAGGUGUCGUCUAGUGGUGUGCUCUUCGUCAAAGUGUUCAAAUCGUACAUUCCAACAGUAGUUUGAAGUGUUUGGUAAUUCACGUACUGUCGGAAGAGAUCGAUCACUGAUAAUUGAUUGAUUGCCACUAUAAAUGCUGGUUGCCCGUAGAAAGAAGGCGAUGGUUCGUGAUUCGAUCGGGAAGAAUAUGUGCUUGCCUGGUGAACAAAAGUAACUGGCUGAUGUUUGCGUGUUGGCGGUAUUUCGUUAUAUCAGUUUCAAUUCAAUAACAGUUCUGGGGUCGUGAAAGAAUUUGGAAUUUGAAUCGAAGCCAGUUUGAUGUAAGCUUGAAGAUCGUGUGAAAACAAACAGCGAAUAAUUCGGUCAUUUGUGUUUCUUACAUAACGACAUAUUAGCACUCACCGCUCAACUUCGCCAACCGUGAGAUACAUCAAAGAAGCUGUAUCAGCGCAAAACAUUAAGUACGGGUGGAAAAUCCCGGGGCCCGACUCGUUGGAUGGUUCAAGAGCCUCACCGUCAUCAGAGGAAAAGGAAAAAAUAAACCGAAAUACUACACCUCGUACCAGCCAACAUCUCGUGAGAGCUCAUAAUUUAACGAUCACUCGAUUCGCAAUUUCCAAGAGCAGCUGAUUAUUCCAUAACAACUGUCGAUGCGAAAUGGAGAUAUGCUUCUCGCAUCGUCGCCGCCGUAGCCACCACAUUUGGUAACUGCUACUAAGAAGCUGGUGAGGUGAUGUCUUGCGUUGCAGCCCCAACAACAGCAACACCAACAACGACAACCACGUGAAAGAGGAAAAUAAAUCACACUCUCGGGGGUUUUGUGCCUUCGUUGCUCGCACUGCACGCGGCUCAAAUACGUCGUAGAUAUCGACGUUGAUGUGCGUCUCGGGAUUGGAAAUUCAGACGAAGAGUUGAAUGAAAAAUAAAUGAAUAUCGCUGUAACGAAAAUAGGAAAGGAAAAGUGAAAGAUUGCUUACGGUUGGCUGACUGCGCGUGGCCGGCGGCGGUUCUUCCACGAAUUCGGUCCGGGCUAGACGUGGAACGCGGAAAGUGCGGAAUGGCCCGGGCCCGGGAUGGCCCCGGUUGCAAUAGCCCCAACAACGGCAGCAGUGUGUAAAGAUAUACGCAAUUUACGCUUCAAGUGAUGAGAAAGUGUUGAUUUAUAAUAUUUUUUCGGGUUUUUUGUCCGUAAAAGAUUUGGAGAAAAACCGGAGUUGAUUCGAAGUGGUAGCCAGCAAAGAAGCGCUUUCAGUGAGUGAUUCCAAUAAAAUAGUAGAAACCUCCAAAACGUCUAGUCUCCCGCAUCUCCCGCAAGUGCGAUUCAUGCGGUUGUCUGUGAAAGGCGACUAUUGCGCUAAUUAAGAUUUAUUGUUCAUAAAAGUUGAACAAUUCGAUAUAAGAAGAAAAAGGUUUUUAAGGCCGCUCGAGUGAAGUCAGAGAAGCAACCCACUCUUUAUUGGAGUCUCGGGUUUGGGGUUAGUGAGGGUCAACGGAGAAUACAUAAAACAGCCUCAAAGUGUCGUUCAAGGGGGCAGCAGCUAAGAUGCCGCCGGUAAACAUACCGGAGAACGGUGGAUCCGGGCCACCGAGUCGGACUCCGUCCAUAAUGGACAGUCCCACGUUGGCCCGGGUCGAAAGAGCUCGGCUCCGGCAGGAGGCCGGUGCCAACGGAAGCAGCCAACGAGAGGAUAGCUUGGAACGGGCAUUGCUGGAUCCAAAGAAGUCGCUGCUAAUUGGUCGUAUUCCGGUGGCCCAGAUGACCGGACCGAUCAAGCGUGGCCUGCUCUGGCAGCAACGGGACCGGCUUUUCUCCAGAUGGAAAGAAAGAUAUUUCAUCCUGACGCGUGAUUAUCUGAACUGCUUCAAAAGGGCGUCCGGGUCAGCAUCGGAGAAGAUUUCCGACAUGGGCCAGUUUAUUUUCAAGAUCAAACUGGUAGACGUCGAAAAGGUCGAGUGGUUAAACCGCCGGUCGUACAGCGCAAUUGGCUUGCUUCUCGGUGCGCGAGAAGGUCGCGUCUUAUUGCGCUGCGACCAAGGGCUCGAGGAUUGGUUCGAACUGCUGGAGGAGUGCACCCUGAGCAGCAAGGAACGUCGUCGUGCUUUACGCCUGACGCAGGGGCCCCGAUCGCGUGCCUCGCUUGCCGCUCCGGUGUCACAUACCUCGCUGCAAAACAACCAUCUUGGCCUCGGUGGAACCUACUCCGGGGCGAUUGAAGACUGGCUCAUGUCCCGGCACCACAAAACGUCCAGCAACCAUCACCAUCUGCACUUCUUGCACUCGGAUUCCGUGCCCGAUCUUAGUACCAUCAACGAAAACGGCCUAAUUAGUGGAAUGCUUACCAACCAAUCGACUCCGAAGAAAGUCCCGAAUGCACGACAUAACUUCAUUGGAAGCUCAUCGAAUGGCUACAAUAGCCACAACGGAAGCUACAGCAAUGGUUUCCCGUACUCACCACUCAAAAAACUGUCGGAUAACUUCCUCAACGGCAAUAGCACCUACAUUAUCAACGAUGAAGACGAAGAAGUGGAAUUGAGACGAGGAGGACGAUACAGGGACAACGAUGAUCUUUACCGGCGACCAUUGGGGCCAUCUGGCAAUGAUAGCAAUCGACAUUCACUUUUAACAGAUCUGGACUUUUCGGCCUGUGAUAGUGGACUGGACACGCCACCCUCGACGCACCGUCCGUCCAGCUGUCGAGACAAUGUGUUCAUGAUUGCGGCCUACAACCAUCACAACCAAAGCAUCAACAAAGAUAAAACCACCGAUACCGGAAUAAGUUCCUCGCGUGGUACUUUGGUAUCACCGGCCAACAGCAUUCGCCACGGUUUCCACAACAACAAUAACAACAUGAACAGUUAUGGCUCGAGAUACAGCGUACAGGAGCAGAAGAUCUUGCGGUCGCGCAACAAUACCGAAGAAAAUAAGAACUCUAUCAGAUCGAUUCGAGCUGAGUUCUUCGAGCAGAACAAAUACAACAACAACAACAUCACCAACGGUCAUCACUACCAUCCACAGCAAGGGCACCAGGGAAGCAUCGGAAGUAACGGCAACAUCCAUCACCAACAGCAUCAACAGCAGAUGUCGCCACAUUACCAUCCGCAGCAGCAGCAACAACAGCAUUGCAAUGGGCUUAACAACAACACCAACGGGCACUAUCAGCAGCACUACAACGGCAACGGCAGUAUUAACGGAAGCACCAAUGGGAAUGGGACGGCUGCGUUGCGAGACCGCUAUCAGCAUCCGGCACUGACGGCGAUUAUCAACGAGUCGCAGGGAAUGAAGUUUAGAGAUCGUUCCUACUCUGAUUGCCAGCAAAUACCACGCCGACAGUGGACUAGCAACACACCAAGUCCCAAACGCAUUCCAUAUCUGGGAACACCACCAACACGUGUCUAGGAACGUCUGUGAGACUCAUUCAAAUGCCCAAAGGCAUAUGAACUAUAACCAAUCGAAUUUUAAAUUCGUAGGAAUACUGAAUUAUGCGAUAAUCGUGAGUGAUUAGUAUUUUUUUUCAAGUCUAUUACCAACCGCAGUUUGAAUUCAUAGAAUUUGAAGUAGGAGUAUUGAACGUAGUUGCAGCAAACUUGUAGUCUUCGACAUGUAGCGUGGGCGAUGAUAUUGGAACCUUUGCAGUUUUUCCCUGUGUUGCAGACUUGCAGAUCGAUGUAACAUUUCUACUCAGAAACUUAUCGAAUCUCAGUAGUUACAGUGAUAGCAGCUUUAUCACAUUCAUAUUAUCGAGAAAGUCUAGUUGCGCGUUUUCUUCCAAAGCAUUAAUAAGUGUGUAAGUAGGUUAUUUCUGUUUCAGAAAAGGUAUUGAGUUAAUAACGCUUUUUAAGUUUUGACCAGCCAAACAUUAUGAAAAAUAGCGCAUCAAUCGCUUCUCCACUCGAACAAAUAAUCAAAAUGAUUCGUAUACUUUCCCUACGUAUAGUUGUCGUCGUGAUUAAUGUAAGUUAGGCAAAUAAUAAUCGAAAACUCUCAACGAACACGUUGGACUUUCUUAAUUAUAGGUCAUUGCGCGCAGCAAACCUAACCUCACUAUUUUGACAGAUACUGGUCCUGUUGUUUACGUUUCGGACUUAGAAUUUUUUUCAUCCAAAUUAAAUCUACAUAGUCCAUGAUGUUGAAGACAUUCUGUACAUUCCGCAUUCAAAAAUUGGUAAUUAUCGAUAAGUUUAGGUAAUUAUCGAUCAGAAAAUCCAAAGAAUGAUAGAAGUAUCUCAAAAUUAAAAUAAAGUCGUCUGUAAACAACAGGACCAGUACCUGUCAAAAGUCGUGUGUGACGUCACUGUGCAAUGGAGUAUUGAGGGGAAUAGUUUAGAAUGCCCACGAAAUGUGUUAUUGCUUUUAAUCUACUUCUUUCUGAAAAGCAUUUGAACACUCAAUUGGAAAUCAAUUUUGAAACAUAAAGCCAAGUUUUCUUUGUUCAAAGUAGAUCUUUGUACAACGAAAAACCGUUGGUGAAAGUGAUUACGCAUUACUUCAAUAGUCAGCGUUAGUUUCCCCAGAAUAGUGUUAGGAAAACGAAUCGAAUGCAAGUAAAACGGAAGUGUUCACCGAUUUUAGAUUCUAACAAACGAGUGCGAAAAAGUACGCCAAUACUGACGCACACUGAACAAGGGUCUAGUGAUGAUGUUUUUUGUGCAUAGAGCAAUUCGUGUUUAGGCGAUAUUCGAAAUAAAAAUCAGAAAACCAAAUAA